AAAAUAUUAGUUAAGAAUGAAAAUGUUUUAUUCCUUAGUGUUUUGCGUUGUGUCUUUGUUCUGUUUGGUUCUAUUAAGUGCAAGAACAUUAGAGUGUGACAUUACAUCUUGAUGCAUGUCAGCUUUCUGGAUCUGGAUGAGUACAAUGCAUGAAUAUUUACAGCGGUGUCAAAUCAGAGUUGAACGCGACUUGGGAUCGCGUUUCUCGCGCCCUUUCCUCCGCUCCUCCCAGGAAUCCGACGGCGGGAAGCUGCUCGUCACGAUGGAAACGAACUCUACGGCCGAGAUCCUGAGUUCCGCGUACCUGGCCGUGGAGUACGUGGACUCCGUGCUCCCGGAGAACCCCCUGCAGCAGCCCAUAAGAGCGGCCUGGACCUACAUGCUGGACAACUACACUAAGUUACAGAUAGCCACAUGGGGGUCCCUCAUAGUCCACGAGGUUGUCUACUUCCUCUUCUGCCUGCCUGGAUUCCUCUUCCAGUUCAUUCCCUUCAUGCAGAAGUACAAAAUCCAGCAGGAUAAGCCGGAGACGUGGGAGAAGCAGUGGAAGUGUUUCAAGAUGCUGCUUUUCAAUCACUUUGUCAUUCAGUUCCCCAUGAUUUGUGGCACAUACUACUUCACCGAAUUCUUCAGCAUUCCUUACGACUGGGAUUCCAUGCCCCGAUGGCCCUGCCUGCUGGCCCAGUGCUUCGGCUGCGCCGUCAUAGAGGACACGUGGCACUACUUCCUACACAGGCUGCUCCAUCACAAAAGAAUCUACAAAUACAUCCACAAGGUCCACCACGAUUUCACGGCUCCGUUUGGAAUGCAGGCGGAAUACGCACACCCCCUGGAAACGAUCAUUCUGGGAGCCGGAUUCUUCAUCGGGAUCAUGGUCUUCUGCAACCACGUAGUUCUGCUGUGGGCAUGGGUGACCUUCCGUUUGCUUGAGACCAUCGACGUCCAUAGCGGCUACGACAUCCCCUGGAACCCGCUGCACCUCAUGCCGUUCUACGCCGGCGCUCGUUUUCACGACUUUCACCACAUGAACUUCGUGGGUAACUACGGCUCCACCUUCACGUGGUGGGACAGGCUGUUCGGCACGGAUUCGCAGUACUACAGGUACCGCAGUAAACUGGAGGAGAAGAAGGCCCAGUGAGAAGCCGCUCGACGAGCCCCUGCUUCAGACUGGUUGAUCCUUUCACUUGACCCAACGGACAGAUGGGAUAUUUCGCUGGAGGGUUAUUCGUUGUGGAAUUCGAUCUGACAGCUUCCGCACUUCCUAACUGACAUCUGACGAAAUAUUAGUGGUUUUAUUAAUCUAAAUAGGACAGAUUUGUUCAUAUUGCAAUUACUGUAAAAUGCACUGCUUUAAGGGUAUGGAGAAAUGAAUCUGCAUCACCUCUGCUAAUAAUUAAUUCCCUUUGGAGAGUUAUGAACAAUUAUAAAGUGACACGUGGCAUAAUCUCAAGUCUGGAAAAAAAAAAACCUAUAAAUAACAGCAAAUUAUUUUUUAAACAGAGUAUUUUGGUAUUAUUGUGGUAGAUGACAAUGUUUUUCUGUAACCGCAAAAAAAGACUUCAGACAACAGUGCCUUUUGAUGGAAAAAUAUAGUGUAUUUUAGGUGUAUUAGCGACUUAUGGACACGAUCAUGUUAUUGAUAAGUCCUUAAGAUUUGUACGUGGGGGAAUGGAUAUUUGCUUCACACACAAACUGUAUGUUUUUAUACCAGUUUGUAAAAGACCAUUUGCAUUUCACAGAGCACUUUACAUCUUAUGUGUUGAGAAACAUUUUUGCUGUAUUUGUUGUGUUUUAAUUAGGUAGUCAGUCUUUAUCAAUUUUUCCCUAAAAUAUUUCCAGGAAAGUGAAAGUACUGAAACAACGGAGAAUGUUGUAAAGGAAAAGACAAAGAUUCUCAAGAUGCUUGAAUACAGUUUGUCGGUAGGUUGAAAGGAAAAAAUGUAGAACCUUAGCUUGCAACAAACUCAAUGAUUUUCAAAUAAAUUAUUGCUGUGUACAGGUGUAGUUUUGAAAGUGCAGGUGGGUUAGUUGAGGUGACUAUAAUAAAUGUGAGCGGAGGAGAGGGUAUGUAUGAUGGGUUGGGCGUUAUUUUUGAACUAACUUUAAAUGGCCAUCUAAAUUCCAAUAUGACACCAGUGCUUUAGUCAUUGAAAUACUUUUAUUUGUAAUUUAGUUAAAUCAAGACCACUGCUGAUUUUGAGAAGUUUUGUUGAAAUUUUAUACCUUUUAUUAUUCAUGAUGUAAUCUACAUUUAAUUGGGUCAUUUGUUGUUUGAGAGUCGGUGUGUAAAUUCUCAGCAUUUAUUGGAUGAUGAAGCUCUUGAGCCAAAAAGAAGUGAUCUUUUCAUUAGGCCAUCUUUUGCUCUCUGCAUUUGCCGAGGAGGGUGUUCGCUGAACGUGUUGUAUCCGUAAAUGAUUCCUUGCUUUUUUCUCUGACAUAAUGUGUUUUUAAAGAAAUGCGUGCAUUUCAGUCUCAUGCAAUAAAAAGCAGUU